AUGGAUCUGGAAGCAACGUUGUCGAACCUGGUCCCCCGCAAAUCUCAGAGAGAUUUGAUCCCGUCUCCGAUUCGUUUCUCCAGCAGCGCUCCACUAUCUCGGUUCGGGGCUCCGGAUGCUGCUCUACUUCACUGCGCCGCCUCCUAUCUCCCUCCCAGUUCCCGUCUUCCUCAAAAGGAGCGUCGUCGUCGGUGUAGAUGGCCAAGCAUGAUCGACCCCAGUCUCCCAAACGCAAAUUUCCCUGCAGAUGACUCCGGCAGAGCUGGCGAUGACGACGAGAAAACGACCACGAUGACAGAGAUGACGAUGAUGCAGAAGAUGAUGCCGGAGACGAUACCAGUUCAUUUUACGACCUUCAGUGCGGACAGACAGAGAUACACAGAAAGAGAGACGACAAGCUGGUGA